AUGGAACAAAACCACAAGCUUACCACAGUUGAGUAUGACAAGCAUACUGGCAAUGUCAAUGAUGCAGAGUUGCAGGAAGCAUGCAGCUAUCAAAAGUUAAUUGGCAAGCUAUUGUACUUAACAAUCACAAGGCCAGACAUAUCCUUUGCAGUCCAAGUGUUGAGCCAGUUCAUGCAACAUCCUAAAGAGUCACAUAUGGAAGCAGCUCUAAGGGUUGUCAAAUAUGUUAAAGGGAAUCCAGGUCUGGAAAUUCUACUAAAGGGUGGAGCCACUGAUAAGCUCACAGCAUACUGUGACUCAGAUUGGGCAGCUUGCCCAAACAAUAGGAGGUCAGUGACAGGCUAUGUGGUGAAACUGGGUGAUUCUCUACUGUCCUGA